AUGGAAAUUGAUUCUACUUUGUCGGAUAAAAUUUAGGAAUCUACAACACAUGAAAAUAGUUUGCUAUUUGAAGAGUAAUCUGAUUAGCAAAAUGAGGAAGAGUUAGAAAAGUUGAAUAAGGCCAAUAAACCUAGUUAAAAUGUGACUCAAACUAGAAUAAAUAAUGAAUUGAAGAAUUUGUAAAACACGGCAAUAAAUUUUAAGUAUGAUGAUACAUCGAUGACUCUUUAUGUACUUGACGAGCUGGCUAAUAUUAAACUAGAUCUAUCGCAUCACUUUCCAUUUGAUGCACCUUUGAUAUCGAUAGAACUGAAAGAUAAAGAACUCUUCUACUCAUUGCAUAAUUUGGAAAAUAUAACUUUUGAAGAUAUAAUGAAGGAGCACUGGCAUCCAUCCAUUAAAAUACUAGAUAUUGCAGAAAAAACCUUGCUUUUUACCAAGAAAAAUACAGUUAAGGUCAAAUUUAUUACUAACAUGAUUACGAAACUAACUAAUAUGACUACUAAAAGUAUGAAAGAAACGUUUUCAGAUAAAACUCUACACAUUGAAGCUCCAUUACAUUACAAUAUAAAUGUUGGCUUGGGAUAUUUAUUAGAGCUUAUGAGCGGGUAGGACCUUAAGGAAAACCUAGAUACAGAAAAUGUGCUUCUAAUAGGCUUUCUAUUGAGAUUUGUAGCAAUGGUUACUGAGAUUAUAUUCAUAUUAUUGCCAUUAACUCUGCUUGUGAAUACAUUGCAUUUGAAAUUUAGCAAGACAUUCAAACUUAAUCUUCUUCUUUUGAUAUAUUUUAGUCCAAUGGUGAUAUUCAUGAGUUCAGUUAAAGUUUAAACUGCUUAGAUAAUAGUUUCAACAGUAUUCUUAGGCUUCUUUGUUACUUUUAUAAUUGUUUACGUUCCAAUACUUGCAAGUGAAUAGGGGGUUGCAGUUGCAGAAAGAGUAUUCAGUAGAUAAUAUCUGGAAAACUACAAAUCAUUUGACAAUAAUUUGCUAUUGACUGGAAACAUUUGGAGUUUUACUUAAAUGAUAAAAAAUGGAAACCUUGUAUCAAUAAUCCUGUUCUUCUUUGCUAUCUUGAUUAUAUUCUUUACAGUCCUAAGAUUGAGUGAUAGAAGAUUCCUAAAGAUAGCUAUGAUCAUUACUUAGAUUGUUAUAUCCUUUGGCAUAAUUCAAAAUAGAUUAUUGACACUUUAAACUCUUGUCAUUCUUUUACUAGGCCUAUUAUACAAGGAGUACUAACCGCUUUAUAUAAUAUAUAGUAUACUUAGUACUCUUGUUAUGAUAGAUCAAUCUACUAUUUCAACAUUAGGAGAGCAUAAAACCUUCAUGAUAAUUUAUAUAGUUAUCUAUUACUUUUAAUGCCGUGGUUUUUCUUCAAUGAUAGAGGAUGUCAUUUUGAUUUCAAAGCAAAAAGUCAGUGAUAAAUCUAAACAAUAGGAUGAGGAGAUUAAUUUCAAAAAGAAGGGCAUUAUUAAUGAGUAUUUUAAGGCUGAUAAAGCCUCUUACAGUUUCCAAUUCGGACGAUAAACUCAUUCAGUAUUCUCACAAGGUGUUAUGAAUAUUAUUAGACUCAUUCAUUUGGUUGGUAUUUCAUUGGUACCAAUAACCUAUUCUUUCUGGUAUAAAGGAAGAAUUUAAAAGAUUCAGCCAUUAAUCAAUAUUAUGAUGUUUGUUUAUAAUUUGAUCUUGCUCCUAUACAUUUUUACUCAAGAAUUCAUCCCAAAGGACUACUAAGUAUAAUGCAAUCAUUAAGGGCAAGCCUGUCAAGGCCAUAAUCACGAUCAUUAAAAUUCACAAUCACAUACAGGACAUGGAAAUAAUUAAGAUUUAAGGAGUGAUCUCAAGUCAAAAGAGAGUUGA